GGGCAGUAACAAGGAAGUGCAGUCAUAAAUUGAAGAAACGAUUUUUCGCGCUGCUGCUUGUUUGGACGCAAGCUUUGUUAUGGCUGUGGACUGGAUUGGAUUUGGCUAUGCUGCAGCCAUCGCCUUUGGGGGAUUUAUGGGCUACAAGAGAAAAGGCAGCGUCAUGUCCCUGAUGGCUGGGUUAGUCUUUGGUUGGUUAUCUGCUUAUGGUGCAUAUAACGUCUCCUAUGACCCAAAAGACAUCAAGGUCUCAUUGCUCACCUCGGGGGUCCUCUCACUCGUGAUGGGAAUGAGAUACAAGAAAUCUGGCAAACUAAUGCCCGCUGGCAUCAUGGCAGGGCUAAGUUUGUUGAUGGUGUUUCGACUGUUGCUGCUCCUCGUUGUGUGACUGGACCAGACUGAGGGUCUCUCUGUCUCUCAUUGAGCAAGCCUUGUUUUAAAGGAAACAGCGUUCCCAGUUUGCAUACUAAAACAAGCCUUCUGCUUUGUUUGGUAAUUUAACUCUUCUGUGACCAAAAAAACUUUGCAAAACUGCCAGUGAGUGUUUUAACAGAUUUAAGGUUAACUUAGGUUAUCUGUAUUGGUAAUCUUGUAUAAAUAAACUGCUUUUUUUUUUUGUAUGUGCAUGAAUGUAAAUCUCCUGAAUUGGGAUUAACAGAUGUAACAUGAGCUUUGUGGGUGCAAUAGUUUGUGUUAGCAGGUGGUUUACUGUAUACACUACAACUUUAUUUUUGCCGGCUGCUAAUACUGUCACGGUUAGUUAUCUCAAAUAUUGAAGUCACUGGAAAGAUAGGGACAAGUUUAAAGAAUAAAACGUGUAUUAUCGACUGCUCUCAUGCUACGUCUAACUUUUAAAAACUAUUGAUGUUUGAUUUUUGUAAUACAGUAUUAUCAAAACUAAUCAGAACAAAUGUGAUUCUUGAGAUAAUGCUUUUGUUUUCAUGUACAUGGUGUGGAUAUAAUCCAAAUUCUGUAAAUGAAUAACCAGAACAUAAACACAAUUUAUCAAAUGUU